AUGAGCAAGCGGGAAGGCGACGCUGAAGUUGGGGCCGCCGCCGCCGUGGACCAGCAGCCCAAGAAGAAAUCUCGUUCGGCCAUCGCGACUGCUCCAGGAACCUCGAGGAUUCCUGUGCUGCCUAGCAGUACUAGCACGAAUAAGGCAGACAUGGCAUCCUCGUCAUCAACGACCCCAGCGACAACAGCAUCUACGACACAGUAUGCAUUUGGGGCGCGACUAGUGAAGGAGUCGAAGGUUGCAGGAUCAUUGAAAGAGGGCAAGUCCAAGGAGAUCAGGAAAGAGGUGGUGUUGAAAAGGUCGUCCAACGCUAUUACAUCCGCCCCAAAGGACGACGCCCGAGAUGCCGUGAACGAAAAGCACGCAGCGCUGCUCAAACAAAGCAACGACUUCUUGGAAAUGGCCGAAAACUUCAAGCUCAAGGCCGAGAUCGAGCUCUUGCAGUCCAAGCUAGGCCAGCUCGAAGAACGAGACAGGAAACAGACUGCCCGCAAUAAAAUGCUGUCGGGGGUGACGAAAAGCCAGCAAGAACAGAUCAAAGAACUGCAGGAACAAGUGAAGAUGUGGACUGACCAAUCACAACAAGCCACGACCAAGCUGAAAGAGUAUUUGGUGGCCCAAGACAAGAAGGACAAAGCUGCAAAAGUAGCUGAAGUAACUGAUGCCCCCAAAAGCACCAAUCAACAUGGAUGUGUCCAUUGCAAUGGUCUUGUCAAGCAAGAAGACGGCGGGACCUCGCUGCGACCAGCCAUGCAAAAACGACUGGAAGCCGUGACAGUUGGCCUCCAGGUGGCCAAAGAUUCAGAGGCCGUGCUGCGCCUCGUGUUGCAGCAAAUGUGUGAAGAAGAUGAUACCAAGAUACAAGUGUAG